UGCCCAUCUGGGCGUGUAGUUCCGCGCGGCGCUGGCAGAUCUGUUUCAUUCAAUUAACCCUCGUCGAAAUGAGGUCGUCUUGUCACUGUUGACAGCUUGGUACCAGGCUCCGUCACUGAGGACGAGGAGAUAUUUCAACAGAAUCCAGUUGGAAGCAUCUCCUCUGCACACUUUUCCAGAGGCCGCAUGAUAGUUGUGUCUUGUUGCCAUGGCAAUGGAGGAAGGGGCACUAAGCUGUCUGCUACGCUCUCGUGCCAUCCUGGAGCAGGACAUCAAGGCUGCCUACCUGAUGGACCACAUGAUCACCGAUGGCGUGCUGACCGUGGAUGAGGAGGAGAGAAUUAAGAAUCAGCCCACCAGAAGGGAUCAGGCUGUGGCCCUGCUGGAACUGCUGCUGAAGAAAGACAACAGGGCAUACAUCUCCUUCUACAACGCUUUGGUGAGGGAGAGCUAUGGAGACCUGGCUGGCCUUCUCCACAACAACCUACCCCUCAUGUCCCCUGAGGGCCACAAGAGCUUCUCUGAUGGGGGCACACCCUAUGGUGAGGAGGGUAUGGUGCAGACAGUUCUGAGCGAGGGUGGCGUGCCUCAAAGGCCUGUGGUGUUUGUCAGUAGACCGGAGCUGGUGAACCGUAUCAGGGAGAGGCUCUACCGGCUCCAGAAACAGCCCGGUUGGGUCACAGUCUUUGGCAUGGCUGGCUCGGGAAAAUCUGUCUUAGCAGCUGAGGCUGUACGGAAUCAUGCUCUCAUUGAAGAGUGUUUCCCUGGAGGUGUCCAUUGGUUGUCUAUCGGCCAGCUGGACAAGCCAGACCUGCUGGGGAAGAUCCAGUCCCUGUGUUUCCGUUUGGAGCAGAGCCAGGACCCCCAAUCUCUCCACAGGCCCCCCAACUCACUUGAUGAGGCCAAGGAAUGCCUGCGCUUCCUCAUACUGCGCAGGUAUCCCCGGUCUCUGCUGAUUCUCGAUGACAUCUGGGACAGCACAGUUCUCAAGUCCUUUGACAUUCAUUGUCGCAUCCUUCUGACCACCAGAGACAGAAGCCUUACUGAUUCUGUUAGUGGUGGUAAGUAUGAGGUGGCGGUGGAGAGCGGACUGGAUGAAGACAAGGCAUUAGAAAUCCUAGCUCUGUACACCAACAGCAAACCCCUGAAUCUACCAGAGCAGGCUCGAAGCAUCAUCAGAGAGUGCAAAGGCUCUCCUCUGGUGGUCUCUCUAAUCGGGGCUCUGCUCAGGGAGUUCCCCAACCGCUGGUCCUACUACCUGCAGCAGCUGCAACAGAAGCAGUUCAAGCGCAUCAGAAAGUCGUCGUCCUAUGACUAUGAUGCCCUGGACCAGGCCAUGGACGCCAGUAUCCAAGUCCUCCAUGCUGAACACAGAGAGCUCUACAAGGACCUCACUGUGCUGGAGAAGGACGUUAAAGUACCCGCCAAGGUGCUGGCAAUUCUGUGGAACUUUGAGCCGGAGCAGGUGGAAGACGUCCUCCAGGAGUUUGUCAACAAGUCGCUGCUGUUCAGGGACUGUCACCACCGGCCUUACCUCUACUACCUCCAUGACCUUCAGGUGGACUUUCUGGCUGAACAGAACCGCUCCCAGCUAGAGAGCCUCCACACCAAGGUGGUGCGUCAGUAUCAACACUACUAUAGAGAGGGCCCACCCACCUCAGGAGACCAGGAGUGUCUCUACUGGAUCAGAUUCCUUACCUACCACAUGGCCAAAGCCAACCUCUCCCAGGAGCUGUAUUCUCUCAUGUUUUGUCUGGACUGGAUCAGAACCAAGGCUCAGAUAAUGGGUCCAGUUCACCUCAUCAAUGACUAUGUGGAGUACGGAGCCAUUCUGGACAAAGAGAACAGCGACGUACGCAGCCAGUUCCAGGAGUUUCUGUCUGUGAAUGGCUACCAGCUGGAGCAGGAUCCAUUCCCUGACGUGGUGCAGCUGGCCCUGUCUCAGCCCCACUCAUCCGAGGUCUACAGACAGGCUCUUCAGCAGGCCCAGGACAGAGCCAGCAGGGGGGAACUCUACUUCGACUGGCUAAAUAAGACCAGUCUGGAGAGUCAGUCUCGUCUGGUGGUCCAGCCCCACCAGGGGUGCAUAUACUUUGCCUGUUUCUCCCAUGAUGGAGCCAAGAUCGCCUCCUGUGGAGCCAGCAAGACACUCAUGGUGUUUAAGACCACUUCAGGUGCGAAACUGUUGGAGAUCCAGGCCCAUGAGGACGAGAUACUCUGUUGUGCCUUCUCCCCUGAUGACCGUCUCCUAGCAACAUGCUCCAGCGACAGGAAAAUCAAGGUGUGGAAUGCUGAGCGUGGCACCCUUCUGAGGGUGUUUGAAGAGGAGCAUGAGGAACAGGUCAACCACUGUCAGUUCACCAACACUACUCGUCGCCUCUUACUGGCCACCUGCUCUAAUGACAAGUUCAUGAAUGCAAAGUUGUGGAAUCUCAACAAGCCGUCCUCCCAAAACACUAUGUUUGGUCAUCUGGAGCCUGUCAACCACUGUUGUUUCUCCCCUGAUGACACCUAUGUCUCCACCUCCUCCACUGAUGGCACCCUGAAGCUGUUUGAAGUCUCAUCAGCUAAUGAGUGGAAGACCAUUGACGUUAAGGGCCUGUUCCAGGAGGGUGGUGAAGAAACCGAGGUCCAGGUCAAAUGUAGCACCUGGUCAGCAGAUGGCAAACUUGUUAUGUGUGCCGCAAGGAACGCUGUUUUUGGGUUUGCGGUGGAGACGACAGACAUGCUGCUGGAGAUCAGGACCAAUCGUCUGAGCACAGUGCAGUACUGCCAUGCCUGCCCCACCAGCAACCUGCUGGCUAUUGCUGUCUCACACUACAAUGUGGAGUUAUGGGACUUAGAGGCCGAUAAGAAGCUGGCUGACUUGACCGGUCACCUGAGUUGGGUUCAUGGAGUUCAAUUCUCUCCUGAUGGCUCUCUGUUGCUCUCCUGCUCUGAUGACCAAACAGUCAGGGUAUGGGAGACUAAAAAAGUGCACACCUCCUCAGCUGUGUCUCUCAAGAGAGACUGUGACGUGCUCUUCAACGGCGAUGGCAUCACUGUAGCAGCUGCCGACAACUGUAACAGACUUCAGGUACAUAAUGGUCGGACAGGAGAGUUGAUGUUCCAGUCGGAGGAACAGUCAUCAAGGAUCCGUUGCACCUGUAUCUGUAGACAGCCUUCAGCCGUGGCCCUGGGCCAAGAUGACGGGACUGUAAAGGUGUUGGAGGUACCGUCUGGGAUAACCCUGGCCACCCUGCAGGGCCAUACCAAAACGGUGCUGCACUGCCACUUCAGCCAGGACGGACUGACGCUUAUCUCCUCCUCAGAGGACACCACCAUCAGGGUUUGGAGGUGGAGGACUGGGGAGUGUAAGGUACUACAAGGCCACAAGGAGCAGGUUCGACGCUUCUCCCUUAUGUCCAACUCUUCCAGCAAUACCCAUCUACUGUCCUGGUCCUUCGAUGGCACACUCAAGGUGUGGGACAUGGAGAGUGGUGAAAAGUUGCAUGAUAUAGAAGGUCACCAGGAAGCCAUCCUGGGUUGUCACAUCUCACCAGAUGGACGCCUCUUUGCCACCACUUCUGCUGACAGGACCGCUAAGGUGUGGCGCUGUGAGUCGCGGCAGUGUGUCCACCUGCUCAGCGGUCACCAGGCUUGUGUCCGGAGCUGCCGAUUCUCCUGGGACAGCAGGCGGCUUGCCACGGGGGACGACAAUGGAGAGAUACGGCUGUGGAAUGUCAGGGAUGGCUCCUUGCUGAAGAUCUGUUCCCGUGACACCAAGGAUGCAAUGGACUCACUCCACGGAGGCUGGGUGACUGACCUGCACUUCUCCCCAGACGACUCCCUUCUGGUCUCCACCGGCGGGUACAUUAAGUGGUGGGACGUGGAGAGAGGCGAGGCCCUCCAGACCUUCUACCUGACAGGCACCAGUCUGAAGAGGAUCCACGUGUCGCCCAACUUCUCCACCUUCGUCACAAUCGACAACAUCGGUACUCUCUACGUCCUCCAGAGGGUGGCGUGAGGGAGGCGGCGGCGCUCUGAAAGUUUACUUGGUGGCAGGUCCUAAACGGGGAAAUUGUUUGUGGCUUAAAUGGGGAAGAAAAACAAUGCAAGCUGUUAACCACUUUACACAAGCUUUAAAUGAAAAAUUCAGCAAAAAAGCACCUGCCUGCUUUGCUGUGAGCUGUUGAUAUAAGCUAUUGUGUGCACCCAGUAAUUUGUCUGAAUUAAUGAACUGCAUCAGCCUUACCUGUCCUGUCAAAUCUACAAGUCUCUCUUGCCUUUAGACUGCUCCAGUUUUCUAUGUAUUGUCAGGGAUUCAAUCACCAUCGAUGGCGAAGUUUCUCCAGGCUGAUUCAUUCAAAUCUUUGUCAUGGGCGUCCGGGUGGCAUGGCUGUCUAUUCUGUUGCCUACAAACAUGGGGAUCGCCGGUUCGAAUCCCCGUGGUUCGAAUCCCGCUGGUUUGAAUCCCCAUCCACAAUUGGCCGUUUCUGCGGGUGGGAAGUCGGAUGUGGGUAUGAGUCCUGGUCGCUGUGCUAGUGCCUCCUCUGGCCGGUCGAGGGCGCCUGUUCAGGGGGGAGGGGGAACUGGGGGGAAGAGCGUGAUCCUCCCAUGUGUUCCAUCCCCUUGGUGAAACUCCUUACUGUCAGGUGAAAAGGAGUGGCUGGUGAGUCCACAUGCAUCAGAGGAGGCGUGUGGUAGUCUGCAGCCCUCCCCGGAUCGGCAGAGGGGGGCGGAGCAGUGACCGGGACGGCUCAGAAGAGCGAGGUAAUUGGCCGGGUACAAUCGGGGAGGAAAAGGGGGGGGUUCUAAAAGAAAGAAAGAAAAGCUUUGUCAUGUGAAAGCCAAAACCUGGACAUAUUUGUAUGAACAGUUUUAUUCUAUGCUUUAGUCUGAAUGGGAAUGUGGGUCCAAGCUUGUUUCUAUUUGUGACACAGGUCCUCUCCAUUAGGAUCACACCGAAAAACCACUUUUGCACUUAACUCUACAUGCAAUGAAAAUCUAUUGAUUCCAAAAUCUUUUGUGAGGCCAUUUGUACUUGGACUUUAGAUCACUGGUAGAUGUUUUGUAAGAAAUAGAAGACGAAAAUGCAGUCCUUGAAUACGGUUUACAGCUCUUUUCUAAUUUUGUUGUUGGAUGGGUUUUUGUGCUCUUAACCCAUCAACAUUGCUCACGUUUCCUUUUCUGUAUCAAUGAGCCAGUCAUGUGUAUAUACUGCUUUUAUGAACCUUUCUAUCCCCCAGGUGGUCUUCUUACUGAGCCAGUUCCUCGGUGCACUUUGCGGCAGACACUACAAUCGUUCACGCAAGGCCUUUGUUAAUGUGGCCUGGUUCCAACACCUCCAAAACGAAUCCUUCUGUCGUCUCGGUAUAUCGGUUUAAUGGUCAUUCCUAAAUCACGGGACGGGAAAAUCGAGCAUUCCUCCACCUGAUCCAUCGAACCUGUCAACUCGGACAACUCAAAACACAAGGAUGCGUUUUGGCGGUGGAAUCAGGCCUUUGUCAUGUCCAGAGUGUGUGCUUCAAGGUCAGUGUUUUGAAUCAGAUCUGCAGAGAAGUUUCCAGAUAAUCAAAUCACGGAAGUUCUCUGCCAGGCGAAGCGUAAAACAUUGAGAACUGUUCAGGAUAUAUUUGUACUGUCAUACGUUAAAGGUGCAUGGUGGGUGUACUUCAUAGCAUUAAACAUGC